UUUCGGCGUAAACAAGAAAUUUGGCGCAUGUCUGGCCAGAGAUUUUUGCAUCACAGCGAAUGUCUCUGACGGUCGAAACUAGUUUCGGCAGCACGCUCCGUCCGCGUGAUGAUCGAGAGACUGAGGCAGCAGGCACAUUGGUUGGGUUGGGGAGUAUAAAAGCGGAGCACACACGUCGCCAUCGAACACACCAAUUCGUGGCGCUUUCGCAGUUGAAUCUUUUCAAAGAUCUUAUACAAAAUUUCCCCAAACGUAGAGCAACAGAUGUGUCAAUGAAGACACCGGACACCAAAGCGAAGCUACUUAAUAAUAUUAGUCUCUCCAAGCAUCUGUCUUCCAAGAAAGGCGGCUCUCGCACUAGCAACUGCGGCAAUUGUCUGGAAUUCUCCGUGCUCACUCGCCUAUCCAGUGUGCCCUGA